CGAGGCGGGCGGCCGCGGCAGCACGCCCGGCCUCAGGGCCGGAGGCGGGACCGUGGCGCCGGGAGGAGCCGCGCCGGGGCGGGUGCUGGUUCCCGGGACGGGCGCCGAGGCACCUGGCGCGGGCGAGCGGGGCCAGGCAGCCCGCUCCCGGCAGGCAGCCCAAAACAGCACUAUACCAGCUACUAGGAGGAAAAUUAUUGCAGCUGAAACCAGGACGAUAAGGAGGAUUUCAUCCCUCAGAUUGAGGACUUGUCAUGUCUUAUCAUUACAAUGAAGCCUUUGAAAAUCCAGACUACCACUUCUCAGAGACACUGGAAAUUGAUAGAAGGUGGAUUUCUCAAAACAAUCUGUUCUCUCACCAAACCCCUUAUGAUUCUUCACUGCUUGGAUCCUAUGGAGAGCGCAGUGGAAGAGGACAGAAUUACUCUCUGGCCAUACCAAUGGGCUCCAUGAGACACGGCUCUGAAUACGGUGAAGGUUUAUCAGGAGUUAAUGUCCUGAGCAGAAGGCCAUAUGGAAAAUCCACAGAUAAUCUUUCCUUUGAGCCUGAGCCAGAACUGGCAUAUAUCUCACCUUCUGCCUCCGAUCUGCUGGAUCACCCCUAUACCCACAGAAUUUCCAAUAUAUCAGAAGAGGAAAAGUUAAUUGGAAACCUUGCAAGUAUGUCCACCAGUGAAAGGAUUAAAGCAAUCCAGAAGAUGACAGAGACCAUGAAAAGAAAGAGAGAGAUCAGGAAUAAAGUUCUUAAAGAAGUAACAGAAAAAUCAAGGCACCGCAGUAAUAGAUUUUCCUGCUGUACAGAGUGUCUGCAAGGAACAGUAGUGUCAUUUCGGCUAUUUCGAAAUAGAUUGUCAGAAUAUUUUCACCGACUGCAGUUAUGGCACAAGACUCUGAAGAUCAUUGGCACUGAGUUUGGAACAAGUGUUCUUUCUUAUUUUAUUUUCCUGAAGUGGCUGCUAACUUUCAACGUCUUCUCAUUCCUCAUAAACUUCAGUUUCAUCACAAUCCCUCAGUUGGUCACAGCAGAACCAAAUAACCUUUCAUUCACGGGUCUGGAGCUGUUCACUGGAGCUGGUUAUUUUCAAGAAACAGUACUCUACUACGGCUUUUACACCAAUGCUACAAUCAGUAAAAUAGAGAACGGUCCAUCUUACAACAUGCAGCUGGCCUAUAUUUUCACCAUUGGAAUAUAUUUUGUGAUCUGUCUUUUUAUCUUGUUGUUCAGCAUGGGAAGAUUAUUCUGCAAGAACUUCAUUAACCUCCAGGUAUACUCUGGAAAUGCUAGCAAACUUCUCUGCACUUGGGACUUCAAUUUAACUAAUGAAAAAGCUGUGAAGCUGAAACAAAAGAGUCUCAGCACACAAAUAAAGGAAGACCUCACUGAAAUAAACCGAGAAGGUCUAAAUUUUUCUGUAACAGAGAGAGUUGUUCGUAUUGUUGUUCAUCUUGUUUGUUGGGUUGCUUCCCUGGGAACAGCCGUAGCUGUUUGUGCUGGUGUUUACUUCCUCUCCAUUAAUAACCUAAAGCUGUUUGUGAAAGGGCAUAAAAAUGACCUAAAGAGCCAAGCUGCCAUGUUGGUGCUACCUAUUGUCGCAUCUCUCCUCAACACAUUCAUCCCGUUCUUCUACUCAUGGCUUGGACACCUGGAGAGAUUUCAGACUCCUGGACACCAGAUAUAUGUCACUAUUACAAGAAAUGUACUCCUGAAGAUGUCAGUUGUUGGAAUACUGUGCUACUACUGGCUUCAUGUUGUGGCUGCAUCAGAGUCACAGGAGUGCUGGGAAACUCUGGUUGGCCAAGAUAUCUAUCGUCUUGUUCUAGUUGACUUCAUGUUUUGUUUGCUUGGCUCUUUCUUUGGAGAGUUUUUACGAAGAAUUAUUGGAACGACAGUCUGUGUGAACCUGGGGCUGCCAGAAUUUGAUAUCGGACGAAAUGUUUUAAAUUUGAUCUAUGCACAGACUUUGACCUGGAUCGGUAUCCUCUUCUCACCUCUACUGCCUGGUAUCCAGAUUAUAUCACUUUCUAUAGUAUUUUAUGUGAAAAAGGUCAGUCUGAUGAGGAAUUGCCAACCCCCUCGCAAAGUCUGGAGAACUGCUCAGAUGACAACAUCCUUCAUGUUCCUGCUGUUUUUCCCUUCCUUUCUUGGAGUCGUGUCUGUCACUGGAGUCAUUGUCUGGAGGUUAAAACCUUCAGAAGAAUGUGGUCCUUUCAGAGGUUUGCCUUCUAUGUAUGCUGCAAUCUCUGAGUGGAUAAAAAUACUGGAAAAUUACAAUGCCUCAAAAUGGGUAGUGUGGAUCUACCAUAACUUAAUUACAAGUGAACUUUUCUUCUUCAUUCUCACGCUUCUUAUCCUAAUUAUUACUUAUCUUUACUCGAAAAUAAUAGAAGGAAGAAAGACCAUGACCAAACUCUUACAGAAGCAAAUUAUUAAUGAAGGAAAAGAUAAAAUAUUUUUACUUGAAAAACUACGGGCACUGCAAUGGGCAAAACAAAACCUAUCUGCGCCAAGAGGACAAAGCCAGCAGAGAAGCUCCUCUCCAUACCACCAGUCCAGGCUCCCUGCCCAGCAAGUGCCAGGCUACCCAGGAAGCGCAUUUCACAGAAAUCAAAAUGCAUCCCACAACGAGUAUCCCCAUUCUGCUGGGAUCUUGAGGAGGACUGGCUUCCCACUAGGUUCAGAGGCAUCCCAGGCCAGCAGCAGACCAGGCAUUUCUGAGGCAGUGGCACUCGCUCUGCGUGCCCGAGAAGCAGCUCAGUGGGAAGACAAAGAUGAUUACACAGGUUUUUGACUGUGAGCAGGCACAAUCAAUAAUGAAUGUUAAAUCACUGACUGAUGUUCCGCAGAAAGUAAUACUCAUUUGCACUAAUGACUGAAAGAACUGAUCAAACUUUUCUUUAACCCCUAAAUGGAAGAAAAACUAGAAGAACAGAUUGCAAAAUGCAUCCCAGCUGCAGAUUAUUAUUAUCAUAGGGAACAUCCUGCAUGUUUGGUUUGGGUUUGAAGUAGUGGUCAUCAGCCUUCGCCCAGCACAGGCCAUUGCCUCGAUAGAGCAAGUGUCCCUCUGCAGCAGGUCACUUGUUGUUGACUAAAUCUAAGGAAACUUGUGCCUGACUGUAAAUAAAAGCUUUGGUCUAAAAAUAUUAUGUCAGUUAUAUUGUUCAAAAUGUUUUUAUCUGAACCAAAGGUGAAGUAUUAGUCAAAUAAGAACAGAAUGAAAUUAAUGUGCAGUCGUUUUCAAUGACUGAGGCAUUGUAAUGGCUGCAAAGUAACUUGUGUGAACCACGUUAGGCUUCUAUUCCACUUUCACUUUUCUGAGCCAUUUUUACAGUUUAUUACAGUCACUUAAAUCCAGCUCUGAUGUCAACAGCUUUCAGAACUUUUUUUUUUUUUGAGUGACUACUUUUCAAAAUUCUCAUCUGUGUAAAAACCACUGCUUGUAAAUAAAAAGUUUGACAUGUCUUUUGCCAGUGAGGGAUAGAUUGGAAGUAAUAGAAUUGAGAUUUUUUUUUUUUAAUCCUAUGUGACUUUGAGACACUUGAUGCAGCUUCUUUUUAUUCAGAGCCUUAACUUUGCCACAAUAAUAAAUAUUUUUUUAGCCCA